GAUAUUGUAGAAUGAAUGACAAGAUUUUUGGAGCGUAAAGAAAAGCAGUGGGAGCUGGGACUCAUCCUGUUCUACUCACCCAACCCAAUGCUGCUCACCCUAUGCCGUCACCACUCCCCAUUUCCUUCCCCAACCCCAACGUUCACUUCUUCUCCACCCUCCAUUUCCCCCUCAACCUUCAAGACCCUAAACCCUAAGCCUUCCAAAUUCAUCCUGCGAGCCUCCAACCCCGACGCCCAAACUCUUCCCAAGACCGCCAUCCAACGAAUCGCCGAGAAGCUUCGUAGCCUCGGCUACGUCGACGGCGACGAAUCUCGAAAAGUUCUAAGUUCCGAUAAACCCGCCAAUGGCUCCGCCGGAGAAAUUUUCGUCCCAUUGCCCAACCAAUUGCCGAAGCACCGGGUCGGGCACACUAUUGAUCAGAGCUGGAGCCUGCCGGAGAAUCCGGUGCCGGAGCCGGGGACCGGAGGUGUGAUUACGCGGUUUCAUGAGUUGAGGAAAGAGGUGAAGAGGGAGAAGAAAUUGGUGAGGAAGGAGGAUGAGAGAGCGCCGACGUUGGCAGAGCUGACUCUGCCGGAGGAGGAGCUGAGGAGGCUGAAGGGAAUUGGGAUUCAGAUUAGGAAGAAGUUGAAGGUUGGGAAGGCGGGGAUUACAGAGGGGAUUGUGAAUGGGAUUCAUGAGCGGUGGAGGAGGGCGGAGGUUGUGAAGAUUCGGUGCGAGGAUAUAUGUAAAUUAAACAUGAAGAGGACUCACGAUAUACUGGAGAGGAAAACUGGAGGUCUGGUUAUUUGGAGGUCUGGAAGUUAUAUAAUCCUGUAUAGAGGGGCCAACUAUAAGUACCCCUACUUUUUGUCUGAUAACAAUUUACCAAAUGACUCGUCUCAUGAUGCAUCAUCGGAUUCUCAAAUGAACAAUGAAGAACAUGAUGGAAAAGAAGUCUGCUCCUCUGGCAAGGGUGAUGUAAAAUCUGCUGGACCAAUGCCAGCCAACAAAAUAGCCCCAUUAUCCUUGAUACAAGGUGUUGGUUAUCCUACUAGAGUACGAUUUCAAUUGCCGGGGGAGGCACAACUUGAAGAAGAAGCUGACCGUUUGUUAGAUGGACUUGGCCCACGUUUUACUGAUUGGUGGGGAUAUGAUCCUCUACCCAUUGAUGCUGAUCUUCUACCAGCUGUUGUUCCAGGAUACAGGAGACCCUUCCGCCUUCUCCCUUAUGGGUUGAAGCCUAAAUUAACAAAUGAUGAAAUGACUGUAUUAAGGAGACUAGGCCGGCCUUUACCUUGCCAUUUUGCACUAGGAAGAAAUAGAAAACUUCAAGGAUUGGCUGCUUCUAUGAUCAAACUCUGGGAAAAAUGUGAGAUAGCAAAGAUUGCAGUUAAGAGAGGAGUACAGAACACUAAUAGUGAGAUGAUGGCCGAAGAAUUAAAGAAUCUGACUGGUGGAACCUUGCUUUCUCGGGAUAGAGAAUUUAUUGUUUUUUAUAGAGGAAAAGAUUUCCUGCCACCUGCAGUUUCAUCUGCAAUAGAAGCACGGAGGAAGUAUGGCAUACAUAGGGGGAAACAGAAGAUAGAUCAUCAUAGAUUAGCAAUAAAUGCAGAGGAGAGUGAACUUGGAACUUCUGAGCAUGCUUCUGACAAAGAUUGUGAUGGAACAGAUGAUCAAAAAACAAAUUCCCUCUCCAAACGAAGAAUGCUUAGGUCUGCUGAAGCGGUUGUUGAAAGAACUAACAUUAAGUUGUCCAUGGCAUUAGAGAAGAAAGAAAGGGCAGAGAAACUUCUAGCAGAACUGGAGGAGGCGCAGAUCCCCCAACAGCCUGAAAUAGACAAAGAGGGUAUCACUGAAGAAGAAAGAUAUAUGCUGAGGAAGGUUGGCUUGAGAAUGAAGCCUUUCCUUCUAUUGGGUAGACGGGGAAUUUUUGAUGGAACAGUUGAAAACAUGCAUCUUCAUUGGAAAUAUAGGGAACUUGUUAAGAUAAUAUCUAAUGGGAGGAGCAUUGAAGAUAUUCAUGGAGUAGCACGCACGUUGGAGGCAGAAAGUGGUGGAAUACUAGUGGCCGUGGAGAGAGUGAGCAAAGGUUAUGCAAUCAUUAUGUAUCGUGGAAAGAAUUAUAAAAGACCUGCUUCUUUGAGGCCUCAGACACUCCUAAAUAAAAGAGAAGCAUUGAAGCGCUCUUUGGAGGCACAACGCCGAGAAUCCUUGAAACUUCAUGUUCUGAGGCUUACGAGAAACAUAGAUGAAUUAAAACAUCAAUUGUUCAGCCGGAUCAAAGACAAGGAGACAAACAGUAAGCAGUUGGUUGAUAAAUCAAGACUUCAUUUGGCUAGAGAAAGAUAUGGAGCUGAUGUAAUUUUAAUUCACUCGAGUGAUGGCAUGGAUAGUUCAAGGGAUUCUUUACAAACCAGUCAUAAUGACAAGCGGAUAGAUUUUCCUUCAAUGUGUGAUAGUGAUACUGAUGAAGCUAACCCAGAGCCCUCUUCUGAAUCAGUACUUAAAGAAAUUGAAACAAAUGUUCUCACGGAUAUGAAUGAAGAAGGGGAAUGUACAACUUGUUCUGAAGAUCUUGUGUCACAAGGUGAGACAAGCUGUUAUGCCAUUGUUAAUCAUGAGGAAACAAUGGAGUCAUCAGUUAAAUCAUCCAAGAAUGAAUUCAAACCACCUGUUCAGAGGCCAGUGGAUACCAGGUCCAAUGAGAUGCCCUUCAGAGCUGCACCUCUUUCCAAUAGAGAGAGGCUUCUACUGCGAAAGCAGGCUCUCAGGAUGAAGAAACGCCCUGUGAUUGCUGUUGGGAGGAGCAACAUUGUUACUGGUGUUGCAAAAACAAUCAAGGCACACUUUCAGAAGCAUCCUCUUGCUAUAGUGAAUGUCAAAGGCAGAGCCAAAGGGACUUCAGUACAGGAGGUUAUCUUUAAGCUGGAGCAAGCAACUGGUGCGGUUCUAGUCUCUCAGGAACCCAGCAAAGUCAUACUUUAUAGAGGUUGGGGUGCACGAGAAGAAAAUGGCCGCAGUUAUAGGAUGAAUAGAAGUGACGCUAGGAAAACAUCAGCUGGACGAGAGGGUGGGCCUAGGCCAACUGUUUCUCCCGAGCUAAGGGCAGCAAUCAGACUUGAAUGUGGGUUGAAGAGUAACCAAGAUAAAGGGGCAGAUCCAAACUGAAAGUUAACAUUGUUUUCAAAAGUGCAGAGGAAAAUUCCACUCAGAUGGUUAGAAUUGUUCAAAAAUACCAAAGCAUUAAAUUUUAGAGGCUGCACAUGGCAUACAUCCAGACUCCAGUUAAGAUUGACUAUCAUUUUUAGAAGCCGGACUUUAUCUGGACACGCAGUCCCCGCAUGCUUUCCACUUAUAGUACCAUCAAUCAAGGAACAAAAUGGUGUGUUAGCAUCUUCUGAAAGGUCAGUCAGCACGUUUAACUCCUCAUAAUUGCCUCUCACAUGUCUGCUAUUUUCAGAUCAGUUGUACAGACACUGUUGUUGGUUCACUUUCAAGUUUUAGAAACAUCAACUGUAAAUUUCAAUGCUUUCCAAUAAAAAUGACUUAAAGUUGCA